AAAAGGUUCGGCGAUACAAGCAAAAGUCGCGCCACACCAGGAAAGGCUCGGCCGUAUCAAGAGCGACAGCAUGGGGAGUUUGACAUGGUCCGAAGACACUAGAUCUGAGCCCUUGGGCUUGGGCAGGGUGAUGGAUGAGAUAUGGCCACCUCUUCGACACUGGCUGUGGCUGCGCCUGGUUUCGGACGAGUACUUCCUCUCCAGGACCUGUCCGCUGUUCAUCCGCGACGGCGAGACCAGAGGCCCGCAGCUCGCACGUGAGUUCCGGCUGGCCCAGCCCUACGACCGGCCCCGUUUUAAGGAAGACGUCCCGGCCGGCGUCAAGUUUCGCUGCGGCUACAUUAUCGCCUACAGGGUCGGCUGCAGAACUGCCAUCACCAACAAGAUGGACGACGGGCCGCUCAACGUCAACCCGAGCUUCUUCCCGCACCCGACGCCGGCGGACCUGGGGUCCCAGAAGUUGCACGUCUUGCUCGACGCCACGGACCCCGGGCGCGCGCACUGGCGCAUCACCGUGCUCCAGGGCGACCCGCCGUACGACAAGCCGCCGGCCUUCUUGUCGGACGAGCUCGUGGUGAAGUUGCCGUCGGGCAAGGGCAGCGUGAGGCACGCCGGGGGGACCCCGCCGCCCGAGGAGCCUCUGGCGCAGACGAGCUACCUGUCGCUCGACAUGAUGAGCAUGAUUGAUUCGAUGAUGGUGUGGGCCGCGCGCCCCUCCACGGGGGCCAUGGCGCUGCUCACGGGGGAGAGCGGCGAGCUGAACCACGCGUCCUGGGAGGUCCAGGGGUUCCUGGUGUGCUACUUGACGGCCCACAUCCGGGAAGUCGGCAGGGCCACCUUCAGGGUGCGGCGGCGGCGCGAGAUGGGAUACGACCAGGAAUACGUCAUUCUCCCGCACUGGCAGCCGCCGCCGCCGCCGCCCGUGCCCACCGCGCGCCCAUUGAACCCAUUCUCGGCAGCCCAGGUGUUUCAGUGUUUCAAGCGCGACCAGGAGGCCAUCUACAUCCCCUUCUUUCAGCUCUACGACCAUAUGCUGUAG